AUGAAUAAUAAUAAACUAAUUCCCAAGCUUUCCGUUCACUCUCCUGUCCAUCAUGCCAACUUAAGCAUCCAGUCUUCAGAUCCACCUUUUAAGAAAGACUUAAAUCAGAUUUCAAAAGACUCCUUAGAAUCAGAUUCAGAAAGCCUCACCCAAGAGAUUAAGUCCCAGUCUGAAGUUGAGGGCCAAGACCAGAACAAAGAUAUGGAGCCUGACAGCUUAGAGGAAGACAACCCUGACCAGGAAAGCCUGAGUGAGACAGAAGAGGAAGCAAGCAGAAAAGCAGCUCAGAUGGCCAAAGAGAGAGACUUCCGCCUUGGGGACAGGUAAGGAACUGGCUUUCAACAACCGACAGAUGACAAAUAUUCAGACUUGCGAUAUGAUCCGAAUUGGAAGAAGAGGAAAGAGGAGGUGCGGUUGUUGGCAGUGGAGGGACUGCCCCGGUCUGCAGGCAGUUCUUCGGAAACCCUGCCCUCGGCUCCCCUCUACCCUUCCAAGGAGCCGUCCAUGGAACUUUCGGGUGGAACCGACAAAGAGAAGAGAAGCUCUCAGAGCGCAGUCUCCUUACUUGGAAGUGAAUUUUUAAGCCCAAACUAUGAGCAGGGAGACCAUCGCAAUGAGUCCUUUUUAGAGCUAAGUGACAGUGACCGGGAGGAAUCCAGCAACCUCUCUCAGAACCUGAAGAGUUCAAGUUCACAUAACGAGGUUUUCCUGCCAGGGACACGACAUGGCCGUCGGAGAAGGAAGUCCAAACAAUACUUCGUGGAAAAGAACAAGCUGACUUUGGGGUUACCCAUUCCUAAAACAGAUUCCUACCUUCAACUUCACAAUAAGAAAAUGGGGGAGCUUCACCUAGAGCAGGUAAGUCAUGGCUACUUACACAUCUCUUCCCAAAUGCUGGACCUGAAUUUGCCUUUGUUUGGAAUGGCUUUCUGUUGGGAUGAUGUCAUGGAUUACCAGGAACGCUGGUCUCAGCAGUCCAGCAGCGUCCCAAGAGGUCAGUCCUCUGAAACAACCGAGGGACAACAGCCCUGGCGAAGGCCAGCUAGACCCAAGGUUCGCAAGGAGCACAAACGCCAGGGCCUCCUGCCUCCUUUCAGGGAAGAGGAGCUCAGAGUCAGUCACGGAAGCCAGAGCGCCCCCUGGCAGCAGCAACACCCAGACAGCGACCUGCCAGACAGGCGGGCACCUAGGGGCCAGAGCCCCAGAGCCACUUCCAACGUCUUUGUCCCACCAAGUCAGGCUUUUGACAAGGUGUUACAUAAAAACUCUACUGGCGAUCACUCCAUGCUGAACCUUAAUAGAGAAAGAGGACUCAGACAUGAGGAAAAGAAAAGAUUUUCCUACCAACAGCUACCCAGCUACACUCUUGCUGCUAUGGAUCUGAACAACCUGAGUGAACUGUCUAAGAGACACGGGCCCCUAAGCCAGAAAGGGCCUUCAGCCGUUCAUGACACGAACGUCCACAGGCCAACAAAGCAUAAGAAAGCACCCAAACAGCCUUCUCCAGAGAUGAAAUAUAAGAACUUAGAAAUGUUAUGGAAGUUCCACUCUUCCGCGGAGAGUGAACCUAACAGAGCCUCCCCGGACUCCCGGCUCACACACAUCAUGGAUCAGCACCAGCAGGCCCUGGUGCAGCUGGCCGAGGUGCAGCCCCGCAAGGGGUCCCUACCCAGCCUCCUCACCUUCCCUCCCAUCCUACCCAGGGUGGAGAGCGAAUCCCAGCUCAGCUCAAAGCGAAGCCCCAGGCACCAGAUGAUGAAACUCAACCGUAGCAAUUCAGAAGGCUAUCUGUCUCAGCUGGAGAGGGCGGGGAAGCCCAGGAAAAGGAACAGCAUUAAGAGCUCUAAGCUGAAAGGCUAUCAGAAAAGGGACGUGACACUGGGUGGCCUGGGACCCGACCUGGAGUCCGUCAGAGACAAAAUGCAGAAGUUGGUGCAGCAGAAGGAGUAUGCGAGGCAAGUGAAGGAGUACAACAUGAAGACAUUCCCUGCUCCGUCCAAACCGCAGACCGCGAAGACGGAAAACAAGCCAGCUCCCCCCAGGCACAAGGCUCUGGAAUAUGCAAAGACCAUCCCCAAACCCAAACCUCCAAAUCUGACAGACCAGGGAAGCAAGAAAAAGACGAAAGCAACCCAUGGCGAGAAAGAAGAAGGCCUCCCUGAAAUCUCACUGCUGGAGAUCUUGCAGAGCAGGCAUGAGAGAGAGAAGCAGGCCGUGGCUGCCUUCAAAGUCCUCCACAUUGUCUAGACACCAUUUGGUGGGAACCAAAGGUGCUCUGAGCCCGACAUGGAGAGAGGAAGUGCCAGCCACGCCCCUGCAGUGAGAGUGGCCAUCGGUCCUGUCCUCCACCCCGCCGCAGCCCUGCGUGCUUUGUGUAGGAUUUCAUUCUGGGGUCUGGUCAGAGAAUGGUACCAUGCUUUAUUUCCUGGGGAAAGAGCGUU